AAGAUGCUGACACUCUGACAUUGUGUUUACAUAUGUUACUUGAUGUUGUAUCAUUCUACAACAAGGUUACUGAUCUUACAGAUAAAAAGCAGGCUGUUAAGAUCAGUAUUGAUAAAGUGCAGGUAUGUUUUGCUUCCACACUAGCACUAUGUAUGAAGUGCAAAGCUGGGUGGGUGGCCACGAGGGCGAGGAGUUCAUCGGCGUCGGCGCACGCUUCGGCCCCAAGAUCGUCUCCAAGGAGAAGCAGGCCACCAGGGAGCCGCUCACCCUCGCAGACCCCAUCCACGGUUGCACGCCUCCCAAAAUCAAUUUAAAUCUGGACAUGCAUGCUAUUUCUGAAAAAAGAUCCUCCGCUAUUGGCUAGCUGUUGGAUGGCAUCUCUGGUGGUAGUUUUAGAUAACUAGCAAAUGAAAGGGCUUCUCAUAAUUCAUUGGAUAUAGACCAGUUGUGUCAAUUACAUAUAGUUGAUUGUAAAUGACUUUUACAAAUGAAAUGUAAUAUUUUUAUUAUUUUAUUUCAACAAAUAUGAGAUUCGCAUCAA